CGGAAAUUCUGUUUGUGUUAAGUUGUAUUGUGAGUCUUUGAGAUCGUACGCUGUUGGUACGUUUAUGUAGUAAUUAUAACUGGAUCAAAAAACUAAACAAAAGACGUUUCCCGUUUGCAGCGAUUUUAUGGAACAAUUAAAUAAAACACUCAACACCUGAGAACCAGUGAAUGUCGCAUUUGAGCCAGUGAACAACAAAGGCUGCUGGGAUGGAUGAUAUCUAUACUUUGCAGCAGGAAGUGGGACGGGGCAGCUAUGGAGUGGUUUUCAAGGGACGUGUGACGGAGACUGGCUGGUGGGGCGAGAGGGGCGACACAGUGGCCAUUAAACGUCUGCCAUGUUGUAGCCCAGAGUGUAUAGAGCUCUACCUGCAGGAACUCUGGGCUAUGAGAGUCACAGCACGAAACCACCCUAAUGUCAUCGCUCUAUACAACUGCCUCUUACAGACUGGACCUAGAACACUUCAGCCUCUGAGAUCAGGGAGGCUGCCUUUGGAUUUAGUGGAGAGUGCUCUCAAAGGGAGAGUGGUGGACAAGGAUUCGAAAACCCAAUUUGGGAAUCCCUCCAGGUCGAGGAGGAGGCUGAUGUCCACAGAGGAGGUUUCCAGGCGCUGCCUUGCCCUUUGGUUGGUGAUGGAGUACUGCGAAGGAGGGGAUUUGAGCCAGUACAUCCUCUCCAGGCCGCCGGAUGCUGAGUGCAACUAUGCAGUGGUUCAGCAACUCGGCAGUGCCAUUGCAUUCUUGCAUGGACAUGGAAUAGUGCACCGUGAUAUAAAGCCAGAUAAUGUUCUUGUCUGUCUUACUAAAACAGGACCGGUCAUGAAGGUAGCAGACUUUGGCCUCAGUAAGAUGGUGGACAAUCCUACAGAUGGUGUCCCAAGUAGACUGGCUCUUUCCUCUACCUGCGGCUCAGACUUCUAUAUGGCUCCAGAAGUUUGGGCAGGUCGUAGCUAUACAGCCCAGGCUGACAUCUUCUCUCUGGGUGUGCUUUUCUGGGCCGUGCUGGAGAGAAUCACUUUCCUAGAGGAUGGCACCAAUCAAGAACAACUGGGCGCAUAUGUAAUGCGAGGCCGCUGGCUCAUCCCAUUAGGUGAGGCGCUCUGUCAGAAUCCCGACCUGCAGUUAAUCAUCCCUAUGAGGGCAAGACGUGCUCCGCCGCUGCCGCCGCCUCUAAACCCAGCUAUGUGCGAGCUGCUGAUGGACAUGCUAGAUUCUGAUCCUGAUACCCGGCCCACAGCAGACCAGCUGGAGAAGAGGAUUUGGUGUGCCAUAGAGGUGCACUGAUCUCAAGAGCUGCAUUCUAACAACCAGUCUCAUUUAUACACUGAAAAACUUGAAGAUGAAGCCAGAAAAAGUUAUCAAACAGAGAUAUUGUUCGUCUAGUUGGAAAUCAGGUUUAAAGGGCAAAUAGGUUUGUUAUUUGUCUUGAGUUUUUAUUGAGUGCCGUGUCUGUUACCAUAUACUUUAUGAAUUGUACAAUCAUUUAAAUACAAUUAGUUUAUAGGGGUGCACACUAUAUAUAUUUGUAUAUAGAUUUGUCACUCUAUACUAUGCAAUAAAUCUAGCGACGCCUCGUCCACGCGCAGUAUUCAAAACAAGCAACAGAAAGGUUGAAGAGUUCAACCAAUCAGAGCGGAUAACUGUGCCACAUGUAGAAUUUUAAACCUAAAAGUAAGUGUAUUUGUUCGAUAGCACUUACUGUAAAGUGAAAUGGAGUAAUUAAAAUUGACUUUUUACUCAAUUAGGCCAGUCUGUGCUUUCGUUAUUUUCAUUUUUAAUUUAGUAACUUUAACUUUGUUUAAAUGUUGUUGUUUUUUUCAGAUUGCAAUGUUUCAAUGUAAUGUGUAUUUAACCAAUUUUGCACAUAAAUAUGCCUACAUGCUUACAUUCACUUUAUUUGUUUAAUCCAAAUACCAAAUAUGGAGAUGUAUAUGCUACUGUAUACUGCAAAUCAGCCAUAAAAAUCAGGCAGGUCUGUUGUAGUUGUACAUUUUUUUCCCCAGAUCUGGAAAACAUGUAUUUUAGUUGUAUAAUUUUUAAAUGUAUUUUUUAAUUGAUUUUACACACCUAAAGCAUUAUCAUAUUGCAAAAUUCAAUAUUAUGCAGUAUAACUCAGUUUUUGCUUGAUUUUGUGUUUUCAGCGAUCUACAUGUAAUUUUAUGUAUUUAUUGAGAAGUCAUUUACAGAAGAAUAUAAAACAAAUGAAACAAUUCCGUAUUGUGUGGAAGAACAUAUUUUCUCAGUCAAAACUUCCUUUAUCUGUAGAAUUUGUAUCACAACCUUCAUGCUUAUAAGGAUAUCCAAUCAUAAUCAGUUAUAGUUGUGUUGUCAGAUGGAAGACACAAGAAAGUGAGCAUUCAGAACGGACACACCACAAAUCGUCAGUGUAAUUAUAGAAAGUCAAAUUGACUGAAACCUUUGAAGUUUCACAGCUGGUGGCACAUGUUCAACAUCUAGAUUGGAGGUGAAAUAGUUUUGUUUCCCUUAAUGUGUAUCGGUGUUCUUCGCAAACAGGAUUGUCAUGAUUUCUGCAGUUAUUUUUGAAUUAUUUCGGCAAUUAUUUUCAGGUCCAGAAAAUGAAAAACCUUGUUAGAUUAUAUCAUCUUAGUUUUUUGAACAGAUCUCUAUGUUCAAGACAAAGAGCAGUUAACUGCAGUGUUGAGUUGAAGGCCAAUAAUAAUGCCAAAGUUGGAUAUUAAUGACUUUCAAGAGUGUUAAAGGGUUCGAAACCUUACAGCUUCACCGGCAAUAACAUAAGGCAUCUAAGAAUCCUUCUAAGUGGAUCUCAUCUGUGACAUUUCCAUCUCUAUAGACGCUUUGCCCUUUUCCACACGCUUCGCUGGUUUGCAAAUGAAAUGGCUCAUCAUGACCUCGGUGGCGAAAUAUGCACAUUAUCUAAACAGCACUCGUUCAUUCUGUGAGGUCAUCAUCGUGGCUACAUCAGUAUUAAUUUUGCAUUGGUAAGACUUUAGUUGAGAGGAAUAAUGACUGUCAUGAGCCAUUGUAAUUGGGAAAAUCAUUUAUGGGAUUGUCUAGUUAAAACUUCCUGAGAUUUAGUGAAAGCUGCUGAUUGGUGUGUAGGAUGACACAGUGCACACUGUUCAUCGUUUUAACCUGGAGAUUAUCAAGCCAUUAAGGGUCUGUGCUGGGAAAUUGCGAGAUCAACAAUUGUUAAAUAAUCACUUUAUUGUGGGGUGGUGGCAAAACAAUAUUGGGCACUUUAUUGGAAGCCAUUUCUCGGAUGACAAACCUCUUACAAGUGUGAUCUGACUGAGCUUAGCUUUUAAGGGUGGUCGGUCAUCAUUCGCCUGACACCCUGACUCACAGACAGAGAUAGUGAUAAAAUCUGGUAUUGCGAUGUCAAAUGAAGCAGUAAAAACCCAUCAGCAGACAUAUCAUGAGGUCUCCUGCGGAGGAGAGCUCUCGCCACGGCAGAUGACAUUUCUCAGAAAUUGGUGGUGUGGUGACAGACACCGAAACGCAGCAGAGUAGUUCCAAUGAACUUUUCAUUCUGUCAAAAAUAGAAGCAAUUGAAUUUCAAUCAUUUUGGCGACAGUUUUUCAUAUCUGAGCUGGACAGGAGACUGUCGCGGAUGAUUUCUUACCCAUUAAUUCCUUUGAAUGUUCAGUGAUGGCUUUAUUAUGUCUAUUCAGCUCCAUCCAAAUCUCUUGCCAACAUAUGAUUUAUGACAAUGUAUAUUCAUGUGAUGAUAACUGAAAUCCUGGAUAAAUAUCUUUUAUUAUCAAUAAAAAAAAAUAACCAGAUGAACACUUUUCAUGCAAAGCCAAGAAAACAUGAAAAUGCAAUUAAUCCAUCUUUAAAAUUAACAGAGCAGGAAAAAUGGUGGAUUAAUCAAAUCUGCCAAGAAGCAAGCAUAAAUUAUUUUCCCCUCCCAAAUCCACAUAAAAAAUGCGCUUUCGUAACAGGAUAACUGAGAGCCUCUGAGUUUUUUUUUCUCCGUUAUGUCCAAUGUUGUCAGUAAAAAAACAAAAAUAAUGUGAUUAAAAAAA